AAAAUUGAGGUGGAAUCGUCGAUUGUGUUCAGUAGAAAAAUCGAUUCUUCCGAUUGGGUUUUCGAAGGUGUGAGCAUGAGUGAUCAAAUCGGGUUUUCGAGAGCUAGGGAUUUGAAAAAAAUCCAUCCUUUUUGCUUUGAGCCUUUGACUCCAUCAUCUUCGAUUAAAAACUAACAAAAAUAGAGAGAUGAGGUGUCGCGGUGACAGAUAUAAAAGGGAAUGAACGGGAAGGCCUCUGUUUCCAAGGAGCUCAACGCCAAACAUUCCAAGAUAUUGGAAGCACUUUUGAAGCACCAGGACAAUCGAGAAUGUGCAGAUUGUAGAUCAAAGGCACCAAGAUGGGCAAGUGUGAACCUUGGGAUAUUCAUUUGUAUGCAAUGCUCUGGAAUCCAUCGUAGCCUCGGCGUCCAUAUCUCACAGGUAAGGUCUAUAACUCUGGAUACAUGGCUUCCAGAUCAGGUUGCUUUCAUGCAAUCUACCGGUAAUGCUAAGGCAAAUCGGUAUUGGGAAUCAGAAUUGCCUCCUCAUUUCGAGAGAAGUUCAAGCGACAUGUUUAUAAGAGCCAAAUACAAUGACAAGAAAUGGGUUUCACCUAAAGGGAUUCAACCGGCUCCUAUAGUUAGUAAUCUAAGCUGCAAAGUUAGUCACUUGGUAGAGAGCGGCUAUAAGCCUGAAACUCCAAAGAAAGCUAGAACUCUUUCACUUGACGAAGAGAUCCUUCGUAAUCAUGUUCUUCACGCAACACCUCCAGAAACAAGAAUUCGCGCGGGUUCGGUAGAUAUGAAGGAGAAUGUAUAUGCUCUACCUCUACCAGUGGGGCUGGAAGUUAAGAAACCAAAUCAAAAGAAUGAGAUUUUCUCCAACGAAUUGAAUCAGAAUAGAAGAACCACCAUAGCACCACCAUCAAGCUGGGCUACUUUCGACUGAAGAGAAUGAGAUGGAGUUUUUGGAAGCAAAUCAUCAUGUGGGCUUUUUAAUUAUAGUCGACAGGUUGGCAAAGAUGGGAUGACAAUGGAAGUUGGUUCUGUUUUCUAUUUUUUUUUCAUUUAUAAUCCAAAAUUGGUUGCUUGUAACUAAAGCAUUUUUCUAAAUACAAUGGAAGAGGGGACAUCUUGAGUAUAUAUUUGACAAAAGAAAGCAAUACCAACUCACCAGUCUGUAUUAUUUUGAAUUGUUGGAGAAGUAAACAGCAAUACA